AUGGUGGUUGAUCCAUGUUUGGGUGGGGGCCCGAUCAGAACCUGCGGGGACAGAGAACAAAUUGAGCGGAGGAAAAAGAUGAAGAAGAAGAAAAGAAUUGCAGUAUUAAUGAUGAUGGCUGACGGUGGUGAUGACGAUGAUGCUGAUGCUGAUGCUGAUGACGACGACGAUGAUAAUGAUGGUGGUGAUGUUGGAGAAGAAUAG